UGUUUACUAAUCCUCGAUACUUUUAUUAUCCAAGUCUAACUUUAUAUAAACAAAACGAGACUCAGUGUUUAGUACCACAGCUCAGAACUGACACCCUCUCCCCGACCCCAUCUUCCUUGGGACUCUGUAGGUGCUGAGAUGUUGCUCGUUCAUACCCAGUUGACUGGUUGGUCACACAACUGUCUACUCCACCCUCAUCAGUGUUCUAAUUAUGUGUCCCUUUGACAUGCUUCUUCUCUUGACCCUAUUGCAAGGUUGGCUUUCCGGCCUUGUCCCUUAUGCUGACUGAGAGAGGCUCCCAUUAUGCAGUUAAAUGAUGAUUGUAGGCAGGCUGGGAUAUCAGUGAUCUGUGCCUUCAUGAUUAGAGGGGAUGGACCGUGCUCUGCCAGAGUGGGCAGAAUGACGCAGUGUCUCCCAGUAAAGGGGAAGGCUUCCCCAGCCGCACCCUGGAAAUGUGUGUCCUGGAAACCUUUAGGGCAAGGCACCUAGCAUGGAGAUGAGUGUCACGGGCGUCUAUUUGUGGAGCUGCAGAAAUGCGGGGAGGUAUCUAAGAGUCGUCCUCUGCUAAAUACGCAUGAAGGUGCUUCGAGGGCAAGACUGAAAGUGUCCAGUGUGGGGACAAGCCAGAGACAUACUGAGCGGUUGUAUCACCACUGCCAGUGGUAGAAUCAGAAGCAGAACCUUCCUUAGCCCCCCUUAGUGGUCAGUAUCUGUGAUGAUCUUUUCCAGAGAAUGUCCACAGCUCCAGCCUGGGUUAUAAUUUGUUGGCUGUUUUGGGGGGAAUUUAAUUCCCAAGUCUCCAAAUUUCGUAACUACAUUGUAAGUUUAAUUCUCCCCUCACUUGCUGGAUGUGGUUCAGUGUUGAAUACACAGCCCCAGCUGUGGAGCACAUGAAGCCAAAAUCCCCCCCUCCCCAAAUGAAAUAUUCCCAAGUAGUGGUGUCACUUACAGUGAAAGAUCCCAGUGUGUUUUAGUGGAUCUCUGUGGGAUGUUUGGCCAAUCCCACCUUGUUUGGAAGUUAAUCGGGGUGCUUUUAAUUUGAAAGGGCUUGUGCAUAGGUUACACAGAAAGAAAGAGAGAGAGAGAGAGAGAGCGAGAGAGUGAGUUGUAUUAGUGUAGGGUCGGGGAAACCUCAUGCAGUCUGGAGCAGACUCUGUAGGACCUCUGGUCACUUUCUCUGAGGGUGCAACCUGUCAAUUUGGGGAAUUUCAGCCAUGGAUGUUCAGCAUCCGAGGAUCCCUCCCAUGAUCCCUGAAAAUGGGGUCACCCAUGUGGGGGUAAAUGACAUGUCUGUUGAUGAAGGAGGGGAAGCAGAAUUGCCCAUCUCAAAGUCCCAGAGGAGACGCAGUGACAUCAAGGUUUAUAAGGAGUUCUGUGAUCUCUACGCGCUUUUCAACAUGGCAAAUGCCCUGGCAAAUGCCACCUGUGAGCGCUGCAAGAGUGGCUUCGCCCCAGCGGAGAAGAUAGUGAACAGCAAUGGGGAGCUGUACCACGAGCAGUGCUUCGUAUGCGCUCAGUGCUUCCAGCAGUUCCCUGAGGGGCUCUUCUACGAGUUUGAAGGUAGGAAAUACUGUGAGCAUGACUUCCAGAUGCUGUUUGCCCCAUGCUGCCACCAGUGUGGCGAGUUCAUCAUCGGCCGUGUCAUCAAGGCCAUGAACAACAGCUGGCACCCGGACUGCUUCUGCUGUGACAUCUGCCAGGCUGUGCUGGCCGACGUGGGCUUCGUCAAGAAUGCCGGCAGGCACCUGUGUCGUCCAUGUCACAACCGUGAGAAGGCACGGGGGCUGGGCAAGUACAUCUGCCAGAAAUGCCACGCCAUCAUCGACGAGCAGCCGCUCAUCUUCAAGAACGACCCGUACCACCCCGACCACUUCAGCUGCACCAACUGUGGCAAGGAGCUGACAGCAGAUGCCCGCGAGCUCAAGGGGGAGCUGUACUGCCUGCCGUGCCAUGACAAGAUGGGUGUGCCCAUCUGUGGGGCCUGCAGGAGGCCCAUUGAGGGCCGUGUGGUCAACGCCAUGGGCAAGCAGUGGCAUGUUGAGCAUUUUGUGUGCGCCAAGUGCGAGAAACCCUUCUUGGGGCAUCGUCACUACGAAAGGAAGGGUCUGGCUUACUGCGAGACUCACUACAACCAGCUCUUUGGAGAUGUAUGCUACCACUGCAACCGCGUCAUUGAGGGCGACGUGGUGUCCGCGCUGAACAAGGCCUGGUGUGUCAACUGCUUCGCCUGUUCGACCUGCAACACCAAGCUCACGUUGAAGGACAAGUUCGUGGAGGUGGACCUCAAGCCGGUGUGCAAGCACUGCUACGAGCGGAUGCCGGAGGAGCUGAAGCGCAGGCUGGCCCGGCGAGAGCGUGAUUCCAGGGAGAGGAGAAAGAAAGCGGCUGUGUGCUUAUAAAGUUCCCUUCUUCCCUCUCCUUCACUGCGCUUUCAGUCUUUCACUGCUGGAACAAGUUUGUGGAGUUCGACAUGAAGCCGGUGUGCAAGAAGUGCUACGAGAAGUUUCCCCUGGAGCUGAAGAAGCGGCUGAAGAAGCUGGCGGAGACCGUGGGCCGCAAAUAGGGACACGGCCUUCGAGAGUUCCUCCCCAAGCUGGGGGCAUCCCUGCGGCAUGUUACUGCAGAGAAUUCAAAUGUUUGCUUAGGUAAAAUGUUAAAGGUUAAAAUGUAUUAUUAAAGUCUGCACUAAAAAAAAACAUACUAACACCAUUUUUUUCCAUUUUUACAGUGUAUCUUAAAUGUUGCUAUAAGAUUUUAAACUGCGGACCAUGUUUUCAUUGUAUAAUUCCAUAUUGGCACCCAUCAUUUUCAUUAAUAUGUUGAUGGUAUUAUCUUUGAGAAUGGUGUGGCAUAUUGAAGGUGUUUGAACCUGAAACAUGGAUCAUUUCCUAUAUUGUAUCUCCACACCGCUCAGCAUAUUUUGUGCAUGUUUUGUAUUUAAACACCCCCACCCCCGCAUUGUGACUUGUGUUCUAUCUAAAGCAAGUUGAUCAUUGAUAUGUAUUCAGUCUGCUGUCUUAAUGCAAUUAUUAUGAACAGGGUUUUUGACAAGCGCGAAGAACACAAUUCCAUAUUGUUCCCACUGUCAUUCUCAUUGCUCAUCUUGAGUGAAAACCAGAACACACAGUAACCCUUGUGGAGCAGAGCCACACACCCCCAUUACGUCAGUGGGUAGGGCAGUCUGUUCUUCACAUAGUGCACUUCUUUGCGGCUCAAAUCUUUCUUCAAACAAAACAGCAGCUUUGAUUAAUUUAAACUCUGAAGGUAUUGAUCUAAAAAGGAUGUUUUUAAAUCAUUCCUUUUAAAAGAUGGCAUUUAACUGUCAUGUCUUGGGACCCUUGUAAUCUGCCCUGUAAUCUGAUGCCUUUUUCAUAUGUGGGUAUAUUUGUCUCAGAUUUUGUCGUAUUUAAAUCAAUCAAGGUUGCCUUUCGAAGAGCUCUUUUUAGAAUUUUGUAUGAAGUAUGUUACACAAAUAAUUAUGCACAUUCCACUACCAUAGUUAGAAAUGUUUUUACAAAAAUGUAAAACUUGGGGUGCAAUGCACAGACUAAACAAAUAUUUACUAAUCGAUGCAAGUGUUGAAAGGUAUAUGAAGCUAUUUAAUGUCCUGCAUGUUUGCAGCUCUUAAUGCCACUGGAUGUUCCUGUAUUUCUUAUCGUCUUAAUUCCACACUGCACUCCUCACUAUUUUCUCUUUGCUUCUAUUAUCCAACUUUGCUGUUCCAAUAAAGAAACAUUUCCAUUUCUACAUAGUAA